UGUCUCAUGAGUCCCAGCUCCAUCUAAACCUCACCAGAGGUACUCUCUUUAUCUUCAGCUUGAUUGGAAUCCAAUUUAUUAGUUGUGUCUUGCAAAUCAUGCCUUCUUUGGAAAACCUUAAUUAUCAUAAAUCAUUAAGCUAGGAUAUCAAGUUAAUAGGAAUCGAUGUCGUGUAAGCAUGGGCUCUAUAACUUUCUUUUUCAAGCCUUCAACAUGGUGAGGCAGCUGGUCAUUUUAUGAUACACUUGAUACCUGCUCCUCCUCUCCUACGUACCCAGGGGACCUUCCAAGGGUGAUCUCAAACUACUUCAUAUUUCAUUUCUAGUUUGAGUGCCAACUUCCUUUAUGCCAUUGAUGUAAAGCUCUCUUAGUAAUAUGGUAUUCUACUCGUAUACGAAUUUUCGACUAAACAAGUCAUAGCAGCUCUAUAACCUUUUCCCAUUAAUCUCCACUCUAUACUCUGAAUCCUGCAACAAAUUCUUCACAUUUCAAAAUUUGAUUGAUAUUGUAUUCAAGUCAUGGUAUACACCCACUCCAUAAAAGACGGCUAAUCCACCACGAGUCCAAAAAGAGUGAACUUCUCAUUUCUGUUCCCUCUUUCGCGGUUACUCAGUCCUUGCUUAAAACCUUUCGUUCAGCAUCUAUGCAUAUAGUCCAAGUCUUCAACCAAUCCUAUAGGAGCUGAUUCAAAAUGGCUGCUUCGCAUGACAGCAUGCAUGCUCCGCCAACGCCGUCGUUUAACCGCACUAGUCACCGUAGGACGAUGAUGCCUAUGACCUUCUUCUGGGGCGGCAGCACCGAGGUUCUCUUCUCCGGUUGUCCCGGCCGGGAUGAUCCUGUGAUGUACGUCAUGUCAUUGGCAUUUGUAUUUGUUCUGGCCGUGCUUGCUGAGUGGCUCUCCCACUGCAGUUUUAUCAAGUCUAGCGCGAACAACUUCGAGGUGGGGAUGUGGCGGACUUGUUUGUAUACCGUGCGGUCUGGGAUGUCGUCUUUGGUAAUGCUCGCCGUCAUGUCGUUCAAUGGCGGUGUUUUUCUUGCGGCGGUUGGGGGGCACUGGCUGGGGUUCUUGGCUUUUUGGAGCAGCGCUUUUCGGAAGUCUGGCGGGUCAGGUGAUGAGAAACGGUUGGAUCUUCCUCCCAGUUCUUGCGGAUAAUGUUUGUUCUGGUUGUAACAUUUGCAACGACUAACGUCUGUUGAUAAAGUUUGAGGAUAAUUUGAACUUUUGAAGAAAGAAUUCUACUUAGUGUUAUUAUCGAAAUUCGGAUUGUAAUUCUAAUCGGGUAUUUUUGUUUAUCAAAUUGUGAUUCGUCCAUAUGAUCAAUUCAUCCAUUG